CAGGUAAACUGAUGAUGGUGGCUUCUCCCAGGAGGUUACAGAUCCUCUGCUGCAUGGCAGUGAGCAGGACGGGGACUGGAGUACAAUCGGCGGACGUCCCCUCCAUGGCUGCCCGCGCCUGAGCCACUUUCCUCCGGACCUCCGUCUUCAUAUCCGACCAUUUCUUCUUGACCUCCGGCAACUCCCUGGGACAGGUCGUGACAGCGUUCACCUUUUUGAGGAUCUCCAUCCACGCGUUGUUCUUUGCUAUUUGUUCCAGACUUGCUAUUGGUAGAGCCCCAGUCAACAUUUGAACAUGCCAAGGGAGUGAAGCCCCCUCUCAAAAACAACCUUCGUCCGUGGGCUCUUAACCCAAACUGGGCAAGCAAAGCAGGAGUUUGAACCACUUUCACAAUGGGCCAUCCUCCAAUUUAUAUGAUACUCUUCGCAAUCUUUUAUCACAGUCAUGGCCUGGAAACAAACCUACUUUACAGGUCCAAAAGGAUUCAGGAAAGUGCCGGAUCAGAUCCCAGUGCCUGUUUUUCAAGGACAGAUCAACCACAAGUCUUAACAAACACUCCCAACUUUUCUAUGGAUCUUCGGAUGCCUGGCGUCAUCCCAGCUGAGUCGGACACUUACCUAUGCAUGGCAUUUCGUGUGCCAAUUAGUCAAGCUGCAUAUGUAGUGGAUUUCAUGCCUCAGGCUACUAUGAACACAGUCCAUCACAUGCUGUUAUUUGGCUGCAAGACCCCCGUCUCCACCACCAACUACUGGGACUGUGGCAGUGCACGGGGCACUUGUGAGGACGGAGGCUCCAUUUUAUAUGCCUGGGCUCGCAACGCACCCCGUACGAAACUACCAAAAGAUGUUGGUUUUAAAGUUGGAAAAAAAUCAGGAGUGUCUUACUUUGUGCUACAAAUCCAUUAUGGGGAUAUCAGCGCUUUCCAAGAUCAUCACAAGGAUUGUUCAGGACUCACCUUAAGAAUGACAACCAAACCGCAGCCGUUUAUUGCUGGUAUUUUUCUGCUCAUGUCUAAGGACGCUGUUAUCCUCCCAGGAAAAAGAGUUACGAAUGCGGACGUGGCCUGUGAUUACGAUUCAUAUCCCAUCUACCCGUUUGCCUUCAGGACCCACACACAUGGCCUUGGAAAAGUUGUUAGUGGCUACAGGAUUCGAAAUGGAGAAUGGACCUUGAUAGGGAGACAGUCCCCACAACUACCACAGGCUUUCUAUCCGUCAAAUCGUGACGUGGAUGUGAAGUAUGGUGAUAUUCUUGCAGCCAGAUGUAUGUUCACUGGUGAAAGCAGAAGCGAGAAAACAUAUAUUGGGGGCACCUCUGAUGAUGAAAUGUGCAACUUCUAUAUCAUGUACUACAUGGACAGCAAACAUGCCAUUCCCUACAUGAGCUGCAUGGAGACCGGCCGUGCCAAACUAUUUCAGCACAUUCCAUCUGAAGCUAAUAUCCCCAUCGCUGUCAGCCCAGAUCACAUGAACUCCAUGAUGCACAUGGAAGGUGACUCAGGCACAUCUGGUCACAAAGAUAGCACAUCGACGCCAGAUUCAACCAGUGAAGAGCAGCUUCUCAAUCAAGGUGACCUAUUUUCUCUAAUGUCCAAGCUGCUAGGCCAGAGCAAGGAUGUAGUACACAUUCCUAAGUACAAUCCCAGCAAAAUACAAAGUGUCCAACCUGAGUUGGUUGCUCAGAUUCAUAGCUUAAUACAGAAGAAAAACCUGGGCUCUCGCAGUGCUUCGCUAGUCUUCCAAACCAGCAGGGACCCUAUUUUCACGAGGAACAGAGUGCAUAAAUUUCAUCAGCUUGAGGCCACUCCAAAGAUACCAAAAAGCAAGCUGCCAUCUCAAAGACAAGAUGUUCAUCUAGAGCAGAAUCCAGUAUGGCCACAAAGUGAUCUCCAGCUGGGACAGGUGUCAGGACUUGCCAUUGAUUCAGAUUCCAAUUUGGUCAUUUUUCACAGAGGUGACCACCACUGGGGGCCACAUUCUUUUGACAGCCAAGCUACAUACCAGCAGAGGUUAUCUGGCCCCAUUCAACAGUCUACUAUUCUGGUUGUGAACAGUGACAAUGGCAACAUCCUGAAGGCUUCUGGGAGAAAUAUGUUUUACUUACCCCAUGGAAUAACAACAGACAAGGACAAUAACUAUUGGAUAACUGAUGUGGCUCUUCAUCAGGUUUUAAAAGUUAGCAGUGAUGGCAGCGAUCGAAUUUUGCUGUCCCUGGGAGAGGCUUUCACGGCAGGAAGUGACCAAAACCAUUUCUGUCAGCCCACUGACGUGGCUGUCGACUACGAAAGUGGAAACAUUUUUGUGUCCGACGGCUACUGUAAUGCCAGGAUACUGAAGUUCUCUGCUGAUGGCAAAUACCUCUCUGAGUGGGGAGCUGGCUCAUCAGACAGGAGGAGGCAUAUACCAUUUCGGAUCCCCCACAGCCUUACAUUUCUCCCCAAGAACAAGGAAGUGUGUGUGGCUGACCGGGAGAAUGGACGCAUCCAGUGUUUCACAGCUCAAACUGGGGAGUUUGUCAAGGAAAUAAAGAAAGAGGAGUUUGGUGGCAGCGUCUUUGCUAUCACCUUCCUCCCUGUUGGAGGUGAAGAUGGCCUUAUCUUUGCAGUGAAUGGGCUGUCUUCGUAUGGACGCUCCACUCCUCUAAGUGGUUUUGCAAUAAACUAUUCAACCAAGGAUAUUGUGGAUACCUUCAUCCCAAAGAAAGGGGAUUUUAAAAUGCCGCAUGAUAUUGCUGUAACCAAAAAUGGCAGCAUCUUCGUGGGAGACGCAGACAGUAACACAGUCUUCAAAUUCACCGCUGAGAAGGCACAUCGUUCAGUAAAGAAAGCUGGAAUUGAAGUUCUUGAAGAAAUUGAGACCUUUAUCCAAACCAAAGUGAAGCCAGAGCUGAACGUGUCAAAGACAGCAACAGUCCAACAGAAGCCAAAAACAGCUCAACACCUUCAGCCACUGAAUGAUGAGAAGACAACGAUUGUUUCAAAGACAAACAAAGAGCAAGGUCUCCAGCCAGUGGUCAUCACUGUACUCCUACUCGUUCCCCUUAUGCUGGUCACCGCCAUCGGAGUCUUUUUCUGCUGGAGAAAGAACAACCGACAUGAGGACAUGAAGAUGGAACCCAGCGCUGUUGGAGGGAUCUUUGAAAAAAUCAGAGGCAAAGCAGUUGGCAGCCUGAACCUGGGGAACUUCUUUGCCUCCCACAAGGGUUACAGUCGUCAGCGCUUUGACCAGCUGAGCACUGAAGAAAGUGACCAGGACAGGAACGAGCAGGAGAGCAGCGAGUCAGAGAACGAGGAAUACUCCGCUGUGCCACCGCUGCCUCGAUCCUCUUAAUGGAGCCAAUCAGCAGCUGUCUGCUUACGUUGCCAGGGUGUAUGUCAUUUCUCAUUGUGUUACUGUUGUGUUAGCUGCCAAUCUUAUUGUUGGUAUAUUUAAGAAUCAACUCUACUGUACAUAAAAUGCGUUUGCUGUUAUUAAGUCCAUUUAUUUAACCGAGGAUUCAUUUGCCCAUGGUCUUAUUAUAAUGACUUGAUCUCUCAAGUUGAAAAAGAUGAAUGUUUGAAAAAAAUAUUAUUAACGUUAUUUUUUUACGGACGCAUUCCGAUUUAAACUUGUUUGUUGAUUUACGAUUUAUUUCAUUUUCAAUUUCUCGAUUCAUAGGUGGUAAAAAUUCUUAUCUGACACUUGAAGGGCAAUUUUGAUGGGCAAUGGAAUUUGUUUAUACAAACAUGUUUUAUGGUCGUUAUGCCAUAGCAGUUUUAUCUUAAUUGGACAAGAUAUCGUUUAGGGAGCCUCUCAGCUCAAUUUUUUUUUUUAUCAAACUGUUUUUUCUGCUUAGUUGCCUCGACAUUUUCUUGCACCGUUUAGUAACAUUUUAUUUUACACUUAAGUUAAAAGUGUUUUAUUGAGAUUUGGACUCGGAAUUUCAGGGAUAUUGUGAAGGAUGGAUGAAUAUUUUGAACAGCCCUAAUGUAAGUGCAUUCUUCCAUGUAGCAAAAUUACACACACUAUGGUAUCGCUUCUGCAUUCAUCUUUGGUCCAAGUAUCACUCACUCAUGUUACUCAUAUUCACACUAAAAUUGCUAUUAUGUGCCUUUGUAUAGUUUUUUGUUUGUUUUGUUGUGUUGCCUUUUUUCAUCAUUUGCCAUUAAAAUUGUAGUCUGAGGGAAAAUUGCUGCUAAUAUUGCCUGUACUUUACUGAAUUUUUUUUCUUCACCCUCAGUGGAAAACUGCAUACAAGUCAUAUUUUGGUAUAGGGAAAUGUAAAUGUUAAAUUUAAUUAAUUGAACUGCCAAGUCUCAGCCAGUGUAUUGAGGAACACGAUGUGUCCUCUGCUCCAAUACUGCUUUGGUAUUCAUUUAGGUUUGACAUAUAUAAAGACAAAUCUAUAUUUCUGAACUGAUCUUGGAUAUUAUACAAUUAAUACAUAUGUUGUUUUUAUAACAACAAAAUAAUAUGUACAUUGAGAGACAUCCUUUGCCAUGUGCAAUUCAUUAAGAAUCAAUGGAAAAUGUAAUAAAACUAUCAGAAAAAUCUAAGAAUGUUUAAAUAGUUACUAAUAGACAAAGCACAGGUAUGAAGUUCAAUAUACAUGGAAAAGAAGAAGGUGGUUUCCAAAGUGUUCACUCUUUUCAUUUCCCGGUCUCAUAUUCCAUCCAUGCUUCUCAGACUGUCACCAAAAACAUUUGUGUCAUUUGCUUUAUUUGUCACGGGAAUUAAAAAUGUACAAAGAGCAUGCCAUAGGAAUAGAAAUGUUGCAUUAACGCGUGGACUGAUAUUUGUCGUGAAACACUGGUUUUGCUGCAAAGGUACUAUUUUAGUAACGAUGUUAUUUGUGUAAUAAAGUGUCUGCAAAUCA